UCGUAACUAUAUAUACUCGGCGAUAACCUAAAAAAUUCAUUACAAGCUCUGCUCGCAAAACCGCGCUGCAUCUAGACUUGCCAACUCACUAGUGGACGAAGUCGGGGCGCGGGAGGGGGUUGGAGUUGUCGCGAUAUAUAACAAGAAAGGUGCAGUGCAGCUGUCCAUCUAUAAUGGCUAUACCAAUAAAUAUAGAAGUACUGCGACCGGUUACUGCCUACAAUAGAACUAGCACCACGACAAAAAACGAAACCGCCUUUGAGUUAAUGACACUAGAACCGAAGAAGAAAGAGAAGGGUGGAACCAACCUGCAAGGCUUUGUGAAGAGGGGGUAUGGCUUAUUGAUUGUUGUUCGGUAUAUAGAAAAAAGGAAAUGUCGGGACAUUUGGCCGUCCCGACUGGUUUAGGUCGGGGUUCGGGACUUUUACUCGUAUGUCGGGACUGUCCCGCGAAAUUCGGGACGGUUGGAUGACCUAACUGCACCUGCCCUUAUAGUGCUUCCACGCUAGAAAACAGUUAUCGAGAGACGUGACGUCACCGAAACGAGUCAACGUAAUUGGCUGGUGCAUAUGUACAAACUCACGGUGUGGAAUAGCAGUACAUUUGCCACUGCAUUCGUAUAGAUUGUCAACUAUGUGUCAACUUUACGCCUAUAACUUUGUUCUUUCCAUCGAUCCUUACGGGCCCAUUUUUAGCCUCUUCUCAAGUUCCUCUGCCAUCUCUUAAGUUUCCGUAGGUUAGUACCGAUAGGAUAGCACUGAUUGUACACUUUUUUUAAGGAUAUCAGGAAGAUGCAGGUCACGACUUGCGAGUGGCUGCCGUAUGCGCUCGAGCCCUCCCCCCCCCCCCCCCCUUUUUUUUUCUUUUUCUUUUUGUCGGAAUGCCGUCCAAUGCACUGCAAAUACGACACGAAAGCCAAGUGAUACAUGCGCCCGUUGCCUUUGAUGCAGCCCUUUUUCUCAUACAUUUUUCUACCCACUCGUCACUCUCUCCCAGUCACAUGCUCCGAGUACGGGGUGUCCAAACGGACAUUGAAUCCGUUCAACUUCCUUGAUCCUUUCGAGUCCUGUCUGUCUCCUGGCAGACGUGUCUUACCCGCUAUCCCACAAACGCUGACGUUGCCCUGUUAUCACACUGGGACGGCUUGCUCGUGCGGAGCUGUCGCAACCAAUCACCGCGAUCCACGCCAGCAGUGGGACCUUGUGCCUGCUAUCAUCUUCGUCGACGUCUCAAGUACUUCGCAUCUGCUCGUUAACUUCGGGCGACGUUUGUCGUAGCGUCUGCUUCUCGAGUGGUCUUCUCUUGCGAACGAAGGGCGCGUGCCCGAUUGUCCAGCGCGCCCGACCUGCAAAACGCGUGCCCUUCCACAGUUCAAGUCACGCGCUAACCGACUGCGUUCUCUCGUGCGAAUUGGAAGUUCGGCCUCGGCCAUGAAGCCAGCCACCGUGGUGCACAUCCUGCUGGCAGCGACGCUCGUUCUUCGUUCGCUAGAUGAAGUGACCGGAUUACCGGAAUCGGGCCGAUUCAACUGCGGAAACGGCAAGAUCGUGUGGGCCGCAUAUGUGUGCGACAACGAAGACGACUGCGGUAACAACGAGGACGAGAUGGGAUGUGCUUCAGGUCCCUACGGUUGCCUCGCAGGGGCCUACAUUUGUAGCGCCAAGAUACGCUGCAUUCCUGCGGAUAAGGUUUGCGACGGCGUCGACGACUGUGGCGACGCCGUCGACGGGAUGCCCUCCGACGAGAAGGACUGCGCGACAGCGACAGAGGCGACGACCGCUGCCACUAGUGCAGCGACGACGUCCGAGCCGACAACGCGGAGAACGACGCUCUCCACCGAUGAAGCCGAGCCCACCAGCACGACCGCGCCUACCGGCGGCUGCAACGGUGGAUUCCCGUGCCUCGACGGUCGGUGCCUACUUCCCGAACAAGUGUGCGACGGAAGGAGGGACUGCAGGGACGGCGCCGACGAGGGUCGCUUCUGCGAACUCCUCGGGCGCGGGAUGCGACAGCGACAGCAACUGCAGCAGCAACAGCAGCAGCAACCGCAGCAGCAGCAACAACAGCAGCAGCAGCAACAACAGCAGCAACAGCAGCAGAGCCGACACGGCUGGCUGGUUGACUUCCGCAUGCAGCUCCGCAUGCUCUUCCAGCCGUGGUUGAAUUCUUCCGACGUAAUAAGCAGGGAAUGAAGCAGGAGAGACGCGCGGUGCGACUACAUGUGCGAUCUAUAUGUGUGCGCAACACGACACGACACGGCUGGAGGAUGGUUAGCAACCUCGGAUUGAGCCAGAAACUUGAAUAGUCUUAUACGACUGACUGUGUACACCGGAUCGGACGCCGAAUCGUGUACACUACCUAUAUUGCACGUUGCUUUCGGCAAGCGGUUGUUAAGGCAAGCAUCCGUUACGACACCGGUGGCGCGUCGAAAAGAUGGCUACUACAACUGUUGGAACGUCUUGGAAAGUUGUUGGGUGCAGUUUUCAAUAUAUGUGGCUCAAGUAACGUAUUCUGCGAGGGCUGCGCAACACGUUCGUGGAUGUAGUCGUACCACGAUGGCUGUCUGCCCUCGUGUUACCGAGGAAAUUCGAGGCUUCAUUUUUUCUCCUUAAUUUCUUGCGUCGCGACAUAGCUAACCCUUUUUAUUUUUAUACUUCAUGUACUGUUGCAUGCUUGUGAGCAAUAUCCUGCGUCGUCAAUUCUCUUGGACUGUCUAAUCUACGGCGUGCUCGAGAACAAUUCGGUGAUCGUAAGAUGAGUUUUUGUGAACUGUGGAAUGCCCAUGUACUUUCUGUGCGACAAAAAUGCGAUGUCUUCCCUUACCUGCAGACUUAGGUCAACUGAUAGAUAUGCGGGGUGUAGCGAUUUACGACGACAAUCAUCCUAUGCCUCGUUCCCGCCAAAGCCUUGCCGCUGAAUUCGAUAUAUUGCAGAAAUAAUUCAUGCUUGACGUUUGAUGACCACCGCCGUGCGUCAAUGCCUGUAUGGCGUUCUAUGGUUGAGCACGUGAUCAGCGGUUCGAUUCCCCACCCAUCGGUUGGUAUUUCAAUACGUUGGCUGGAGUGCGAAAAUUCUCGUGCAUUGAGACUCUGCAAAUAGGGAAAAAAAAAUUAUCUUCGAUACCCCCCCCCCCCCUUCUCUAACACGCUUGCGCAUGCUUAAUGGGACACUUAUUCUGUUAAAACCUGCUUGUCCUUUCCUGUCCUGCAUCCUAUCUGUCCCCUGAAAGAGGUCUCUUGAUCGCUAUCAGGGAAAUCUAGCCUUCGCCCUGUUAUCAUUCAGGAACUGCGCGUCUGUACGGCGCACUUGUAUAACCAAUCGCCGCUAUCCGCAGCAGCAGCGCGACGUCCAUCUUCGUGGAUGUCUUCUAAGAAUAUCCUCGCUCACCUCAGGCGACAGCUGUCUCGACUAUAGUCCCUAAUGGGUCAGGGGAUCUUGUAACUUUUAUUAUUUUGCAAGCAGCUCAUGGAAUCUCACAUAUAUAAGUUGAAACGACGACGAAGAGUCCUGAAGACGUUUCUGCGUCCGCGCUCGGGCUUUACUCGACGCAGAAUUAGGACAGAAGGUUGAAUGGCCUUGCGAAAACUCGGGACACCUUGCGGAAGCCCUCCUGUCCGCGGUUGCUUUCAGCGCCCUGUCGUUAUUGCUAGCUGCCCUUACAUUCUACGAUGCUGGCUGCUGUACUCUCCUGGUGCACUCUAGAGGGGGGUCACCUAAGUUGAUGUGAUAAAAAAAAAGAAGGUACGUUUUAUUGCAGUGUUCCCUUUCCUUGCUCCCUCUAAACGGAACUUUCAUUUGCGAAAAUCGAGCAGUUCUAAACUGUGCAGUAGAGGACUCCGAAAUAUUGUAAAGUGAAAAAUAAAAUGUGAGUGGUUGGUACGUUAGCGCAACUUCCCGUCCUUACCGCUCGGUUGCCUGGCUAGGGCGGGCAUUUUUUUCCCCCAUUUGAAGAAGCCGUUGCGUUCCUUCAAUGACGCCUUCAUUUUGUGUGUUCGUGCUCACAAAAGAAUUACGCCAACAGUGACGUGGUGUAAAUGUGUGUGGGGGGGGGGGGGAUGUAAUGUCACAAUGCAGCGUCGUGACUCCAAAUGGUAUAGAGUGGAUGUGCGAUGCGGUAGACUUAACUGUCCUUCUGUGCUCUUCUUUAAGAAUCCCCAGUGCUCUUUAGCAUCGAACUUCAAUGUUUCCCUCACCUGUACCAUAAAAAAAAAAAGCAGCAACCGACGCCGAGAACUGGCUCCAAUAUUCCGUUGUAUACGUCGCGUGUGGCUCUUGGUGAUGCUUAAGCCAAUAAUGUAGGAUAAAAAUAAAAUGCACAGAUGUAUACGGCAAGCGGGAACCGUACAUGUUACUUGCUUUUUGUAAAACUGUUUGACUCUUUGUGUACAACUGCGUUAGAUACCAACUUCGGAAAGCGCUUGGAUGUAGUUCCUGUGUAUAGCGUUGCAACUGCAGUAAAAUAUGAAAGUUGGAAUCGUUGUUUCACUGGAAAUAAAUCAUGCAGUUUGUCCAAGUGAGCUUUUUUGUUUCGGUUUCUUUAUUUUGUGACGGGCGAGGGAGAGGGACGCCGUCAAGCUAUGGCGCCUUCCCCUAUCCUGCCCCCCUUUCCACCCCACAAGCGGGAUUAGGGUGGCUAGAAUGGGGAGGGGGGACACUUGCUGAAGGCCUUGACAAUUCUAGCCACCCUAGCGGGAUUCUGCGCACGCCUAUGAUUGGAUUUGUCGGAUGUUCAUGGUUGUACCUUUGCCGUUCAUGUGGCUUCGUUUGCGACGCCGUAUGUGCUUUAAUUGUCCUACAUUCCGCAGAAAAUAUAAAUUUUAACAGCGGAGCUGCUUAUGCCGAGGGUAAUCUGUCUGUCGUAGACAGAACUGUGGGCCGAUCCUGGAGGUAGUUCAGAAAGUGUCCAAGCGCAAUGGCACGUACCCCUGUGAACUAGCGAAGCUGAGCCUGGCUAAGUCUAGCUAACAUGGUUGGGACUACUUAAGCUUGGUCAGUAAUCGAUAGCCAAUCAAUAGCUAAUCGAUCAAUAAUCAAUAUAUUCCGGAAAACACUUGGGGUGACUUGGUAGUGCUUAGCCUAGCCCAACUACGUGGCCAGUAGCUUGCGAUAACCUAUCGAUAGCCAAUCAAUAGCUAAUCGAUAAUCGAUCAAUACUCAAUAAAUUCCGGAAGCCGGGGAUGACUUGGUAGUUCUUAGCCUAGCCCCAAAAUCCAGGACUAGCUAGGUGCCCAUCAGUUACGCUGUCUCUUUAACAUUGCGCCUCCAGUGCAAGCUUAUCGCUAUUCUUUUUCUCCUUAAUUUCUUGCGUCGUGAGACAGCUAAGCUUAUGUUUUUUUUCGCUGCAAAAUAUAAUAUAUAAAUAUAAUUCAUUAAUAGAAAUGCAUUGGCGUUCCAGUUACUUUUGUGCUUCAGUGCAUAAAACGAUUUUUUGUUGAGAAAGUAACUGGAACGCCAAUGCAUUUCUCCGCAAAGUUCGGGAAUUAAUAUCUCGAAACUGGUGUCAUCCUGAGAAUUCGUUCCGAGUGGGAUCCGCCUUGCGAACUCUGCGGCUAGAAUUUCUAAAUUGCAGUAUGGGCCAUAGUGUAAUUACCUAAAAGUUUAAUUAGUCAAUCUUUUUAAUUAGUCGAUUAUGCAUUUCAAUUUUCUCCGCAAAUAAUGCCCGCAUCUUCGAGUAGACCAGCUCAUGAGACUAGAAUUGUGCUAUCUGCUACAGGCAACCUUUAAAUUUUUUUUAAGUGUUCGCUGAAACAUCCUGCAUAUAUAUAGCUCCACUCAACGAUGAAACUUAUGACGCAUUCGACUGGUCACUUUCGAGCGCUCUACACUUACAGCGCUCUCGCGAUGCAGUUAACGUUCGGCUGGUAGAAAAUGAGCUCUUCCACCACAUUCGCGUUAAUUCGGAGUCGUUCAGAACGCCUUGCUCCAGCUCGCGGAGCGCUCGGAGCCACUCUGGCCUUCGAGCUGUGAGCGCGACCGCGAGAUCCGACAGAAUCUCGAUCACGCGGCUUCUCCGCGAUUGCCCUGAUCAACUGAACGUUCGGCGGGAGCAGCCUUUCUGUGGCUCCAAUCUCGACCGAGCUCAUCCGCGUCGCUGCAAACAGAGUUGGAGCGUGGCAGGUUAUCAGGCGAAAGCACCAUUACUCGCCAAAAAGAGGUUCCAGCUUGUUUCUACAUAACGCCGUCUCCCGUGAGGUGUGACGCGCCGCAUGUAAAACAGGGCGCCGCAUCACAGCGUUUACCUUGAUGCGUUGGGAAGGGCGUCGGGCCAUUGACGAAAUUACGUAUACUCGCUGCUAUAUAUUGUACCUAUAGGAGAACGCGUACGAUCUCGCCAGUUCCAAGGUUCGCUAGCGGAAAUCGCCGUACUGCGGCGUAGCGGCAUCGUGCACUGACGGCCGGCGCGCACGGUCGAAACCAGUUGCAAGCCCGUGAAUCCUGCUUGAGACGAACGUGACGUCAUCUGUAGGAAGUCCGCGACACCCACUAGUUGCACGGGCACACCAACCGCAGUUAAGCUGAACCUCAAUUGCGGCCUCCCGCAGCGACGUGCAGCUACGAGGAAAAGUUGACCACGGUUAACGCGAUGACAGCACUUCAAUUAUUCGCGUAAUGUUGCAUAAGUAGACCAUACUUUAAGUGAGAUUCAGCUUAACCGCGAUUAACGCGCUCAUCUAACAGAGUACGCGCGGCUCCCUGGCGACGCCUCGCGCGUUCACGUCUUCUUGCAACGUCAUCGUCAGCCUUCCUGUAACUGUCAUGUCACGUGGCGCGUAAGUCUGGAAGUUAUCGAGAAACUCUCGGCGCCGCUCGGCACCCGACGGCUGGACGUACACAGAGCACCAGAUUUUCUUUCCUUGCUCGCGUACUGUUGGUGUUACAAAAGCAUGAAAAACAAGCGACAACACGCAGAGGGGAUAGACGGAGUCGGCGUGUACAGAGGUUAACACACUUCUCCAUAGAACGUGCGAACCACGUUCUUAGGGCAGCGCUGGCGAUAUAUCUGAAGAUGACGACACGUGGCACAAAAUAGGCUGCAGUGUGUGAGGUUUGCGUGACAACGUUUACAGUUUCCAUUGAUUUCUUUCGACCUGGUGGUCGGCUUAAGCUUUGGUGGCAGCUUUGGCCGUCAAGAAUGUGUUCUAUAGACAAGUGUGUUGACCUCUGUACGUGCUAUACAUAGCGCGGGCGGCAUCCAAUAUCGAGGCCGCGUGCGACGCACUUCCACAACUCUUAUCUCGGACGUGGCCGAAGUGUUCGCGUGGAGCCGCUCACGUACGCUGCUUCGUUUGGCACGGAGACCGCUAGAGCCGCUAUACGGGGUCCGUACAUAAUCUUAUCGCACGGGCAUAAAACGAACCGAGGCCAUUCGUCUUUCAUUGACUCAUCAGCGGCGGAAUCGCAGUGCGGUCGUUUUUCUUUAUUUAUUUUAUUUAUUUUUUUCGCUGAGUAACGAGAAACCGCGAAGCAUGCGUUAUGAGUAUGACUCGGCGAUCAACGUUUACGCAGUCUCGAUCCCUUUUGCGUUAUAGUAGAAACAUCCUUCACGAAAAGAGGGACGCUUACUUGGAUGGUCAGCUGAAGAUUGUUAGUCCGGCUAAUCGCCUGCCUUGCUAGCUGCUCCAGGUUGUCCGGGUGAGGGCUACACGGUGAUCGCACAAGCACACAAACAGCAGGUAUACACACCCGACAGCGAAACUAUACGGACCGCAGGAUCGCUGAUUGAUUGAGCAACUUUAUGGAGAGUCCUGCGAACUUAAUUCGGGGCAGGCCUCAGCCCCGGCCUUAGUUGAAAAUCGCUGCAAAAAAUCAGACGUGCAAACUGAAAUUGGCUGGUGCAUUGGAGAGUUACAAUGCGAAAUUUUGACCGUUUUUCUCCAUUUCAAUUGACAGUCAUAGGUGGAGAAAGAAAAAAUCAGCUUUGUCGCGUAAUCCCUGGUCCGAAUAAUUUUGCCCAGUGGAUCCCACCCAUUUGAUGCACACAUACACGAUAAAGAUAUUCACAAACGUCUGAGGACCUGUAGGGCUUAUAAAUGCCGGCAGCGCUACCGUAGCUUGCAAUGCGCGGGUGGUGCUUCCCCAUAUAAACCAAAAAUGUCACUCCAGCUCUAAGUUCCAGCCGCGCUGCAACUUUCGUAGUACGGCCUUGCAGAGGUUGUCUGUCUGUCUCUUAAUUAUGCAUAACGGCUGCGCAGUCCCAUAGAACAUGUUACAAAUCCUCAGGAACGUUACAAUGGGAGCGCAUCGGCGAAUCAACCCACUGAAAUUUUGCAUUUAGACUAGUUCGCGUAGACCACGUUGAGUCAAAAGAAGAUGUACAACCUAUGCCACGCGCGGAUUGAUUAAAACUAUUAUGUCCCCCAUUGCUUGGUGCUUUUAAAAGACCUUGCAGCCGUUAUCUUUGAUAGUCUCGCACAUAUUUAGCUCGUGAAUGCGCACUGCGAUGAACUAAAAAAUGGAACACAUAAGCAGUAGUCAGGUCAACAUAGCUUCAGCAUUUCGUCAACUUAAUUGGUAAAAUGACACAUAAGAUGGGUUAAACAGAGGCUUUGACAGAAGUCCUUCUCCAGCUCGUCAUGACAAAAUUUAACAGCAAUCAGGAGUGGAAUACUAAUUAGGUGUUCUCCUUAUAAAGGGAGCAUACUGUAGGAUUGAUAACAACCGUGGUGUUUCAGUGGCUGUGGCGUUCUGCGGACGAGCACGAGGUCGGGGUUUCGAUUCUCACUUAAGCACAUGCCACCCAAUCUGCGGCGAAAAGAAGCACUCUUCACGUUUUGCUCACAGAAGCGCGUCAGUCGGUGUGUGCGUGCGGCCACUGCCCGAGUACAAGCUCUGGAUGGCGUCCGAUGACGUCUAAGGACUUCAGUCACAUUGAGGCAUCUGUAACAUACUUGUCUGGCACCUGAAAGAACUGUCAAAGGAUUCCUGCGAAUAAGUUUUUUGCGUACUUUUCGGUAAACCAUCAACCGGAAGUAUGCUGGAUAAAAAAAAAAUAAUAAGCGUCAUGUCGCUCGGUUGAUUGUUCCGCUAAAUCAGCUAGAGUUCGGUCCAACUGAUGCAGGAUGCGAUGUUACUAACGUUCUUUGUCAAUGAGAGAGAGAGAGAGAGAAUAAACUUUAAUCGAAAGAGCACGCGAGCGUAGGUAGCUCCUCCGCUCUGCAGUGGGUGGUCACCUCAGUCCAGGAGUCCAGCGGCCUUAGCUGCCCUUCUCGCUCGGUUUACCAGGUUGAGCUGCUCCGUCGAGUCGGAGCUGGAGUCGAGUCGGAGCAGUCAGCGCUGCCUCCCAUUGCCGUGUGGUGGGGUGUGAUAUGGGUGUGAGCUGUGGUGUGUUUGCGCAAGCCCAUACCAUGUGGUAAAGCGUUGCACAUUGAUCACAGUGUGGACAUUUAUAGGAAUACAGCGCAGGGUGUAUGGCGUGUUAAAGUUCUGGACUGAGGGGACCACCCACUGCAGGGCGGAGGAGCUACCUACGCUCGUGUCCUCUUUAGCAUAAAGUUCAUUCUCUCUCUCAACAUUUUUUUUUUCAAUGAGAGGAACGUGGCUUCAACUGCAAUAUCGUAUUAUGCGCUAUAAUAUUUGAACUAAAAUGCAACCUUCUAUUGUAUUUGGAUUAGUUUCUCGUGAGUAUUGUUGAAAAGGGUGCGCUUGGAAUGUGUCUCGGAUGCUAUCGCAUCGUCUGCCGUGGCUUGUUGGUAAUACGUCACAUAUGGCGUAUUACCAACAUACAUGACAUGCGCCCAUAGAACGCGCUGCACUCCGACAUAUGACAGGGUGCAGACUUACUGUAAACGUAGUGUCAAUUGGACGUGAGCUCUGAACGUUUUGCUUGGCGAGAGGGUCCAUAAGAGAAGGCUCCUUUUGCGUUCAUUUCCGAAGGACCUCCACAUCAUGAUGACGAUGACGAUCCCCCCCAAACUGGCACAAAAUUACUGUGGGGCAUAGACUGAGAAACUGCCGGUAUUACGAGAACUGAAAGAUAAUAUACUAUGACCGCAGUUCAUAACUUUCCACAUUCGUAUCUGUACUUAUCAUCACCAUUGUAUGCGUUGUCGUCAUCUCUAAAAGGUACUCGGAAGUGGUGGCGGUGCGUAACCUGUCCCUCAACAGUUUCGCAUGUUACAUAAGGUGCUGUCUCACAAUAUGAAAGGCACAAAAUAUUAUCACGAGCGAACAUGUUUUUUUUUCCCUUCGGGCAUGACCCGUCCUCCUUGACACACUUCUCAAUCGUUGUUUCGCGCGAAACCGUUAUCUUUGCCGAAUUGCUCGACGGCGUGACGCUGCUAUAAUACGGGGCAGGGGCAGGGGCAGCGUGAGCUGCUAUCGUGAAGCGGCCAAACUGAUUGUCAGGAACGCGCGUCUGUUAUCACCAGAAGAGCAAGCAGGAGAGAAGCGCGGUCCAAACAACAAUGCAGGGUAGAUUGACAACCGCAUUUAGUGAGGAUUCUUUUCGUUCCAUUCUGUUCGUUCAUUUCAUAUCAUAUCCGUCACACCGAGUGUACCUGAUCUUAGUGAUAACGGCGGGUUGACGGCGUGCGAGCCAAUGGCGAAGGGGCAGUAAGGAUGAAAAAGGAAGCGUUACAAAAUGCUGUUCCAGGUCGCGCUGGAGCAGCGAGUCCAUUCUUCCUCUUGUUUGGCCGCGACCCUACGCUACCUUUCGACACCCUUAUGCCUGAUAGCCCGCAUUUCAGAUCAGAGUACGCCCGGGACGCCAUACUCCAGGAACAAGACCAUUCACGAAACUACAACACCCUUCCUGAACCAUGUCGCGUUCCGAGACGCAGUCGCACACGUAAAAUACACAAAUCAGUCGGCACAGCCUACUGGUCGCUCCUACGCUGGUCCAAAUCUAGCAUAUUGAACUCCCCCUGCAUAUUUGCAGCGAACCGAAAGAUUCCCUUCGUUAAGCUGCAGUAGAAUAUGAGGUAAACCAGUUAGUAAGGACAUUAAGAAGUGAAAAUGUGCUGGGCUAGUUGCUGCAUUGCUCAUGAAACGCUAGAAUCCAGGACGAACAAUACGAACAUGAAAGGACUACACAGAAGAAAACCCUGUCUGUGAGCGUGCCUCUCUCUCUCUUUUGUUGAGAUAGAGAAUAAACUUUAUGCAAAAGAGGACACGAGGGUAGGUAGCUCCUCCGCUCUGCAGUGCGUGGUCCCCUCAGUCCAGGAGUCCAGCGGCCUUAGCUGCCCUUCUCGCUCGGUUGACCAGGUUGAGCUGGUCCGUCGAGUCGGAGCUGGACAGCGCUGCCUGCCAUUGCCGUGUGGUGGGGUGUGUUA